CAGCUGUCAACAUUAAAAUCAUCACAGCAGCAGAAGAGCGACCUAAAGCGAUGUACGUAAUGAGAUGCAUCACAGGUGAUCACCAAGUGAAACCGUUGUACAUGUUCCAUGAAGCACAAGCCAAAUUCGAGGUUGGCAACUACUACAAACUCGUAGGCUAUACUUCAUUUGAGCUAGCAAACCACGAAAGUGCCAUCAAAGUCAAUGCAAAGACCCGAAUUUUCCACUGUCAACCAUUCUUCAUCCCGGCUGAAAUUGAAGAACAAUUCUUCCACGCUGACCCUGUGAGCGUCGAGGAAGCACUCCAGCUACCACCAUACCGACGCGCAUCCAUCAAAGGCAUAUUGACCUAUGUCUCACCGGUCAAGGAGGCCACAGGUUGGAAACGGAAGACACUCCACCUCUCACAAACAUCAUGCCCGAACAAAGUCGUUGUGAACCUUUGGAAUCACAUGUCAUCAACUCCGGUCCCACCCAUGAGAUCUAUGGUAGAAGUCACCAACGUUGAGACAUCCUUGUAUCAAGGCCAGAUCUCAUUCAACACUACACCUGAAACAAAUAUCAAGGUAAGCAAUCAAUUUUUAACAUAUUUUUCAAAACCCAUCAUUUCAUUUUUCAUUAAUUUUCAAAAAUAUUUACAAUCAAUACAAUGGAACCCACCAAUAUAAUUUCAUUUCAUAGACUACUACUUUCAUCCACACAUCCCUUCAUACAAACAAACUGCUAAUUCCCCCACCCUUUUUCCCCCACAAAUACAAUUUUAAACUUAAUUACCUAGAGAGAAAAAAGACACACACCUUUUACACUCACAAAACCCAUGGUACACCCAUUCCUGAUCCCCUCUCCAAUUUGCUCCAUCAUUGGUUGUGUCCGACAAUGACAUUUGUCAAUGUUCCUCUCAUAUGACUGUGGAGAAGAAAAUUAUUACAAAAGUGCAAAACAACUUCAUAUAUUCCACUAUUAACCAUUAACUUUCCUA